AUGAGGUCUUACUCGUCCUACGUGCUCAUAGCAGUAGCUACUUUGCUAGUGACUUGCCACGCACUGCAUAAAUGUCCAGGAAUUCCUGGUAUCCCUGGACUGCCUGGAAGAGAUGGUCUGAAAGGACAGAUACAUCUACCAGGUCUCCUAGGACCCCCUGGAAGCCUGAUAGGACGUCCUGGAAGACAUGGUCUUCCUUGGCUGCAAGGUCUACCUGAUUCUCUGGACACUGAACGCCAUGAUGUUUUAGUAAAUUUGAAACACCGACUUUCCAGACUUGAAGGCGUGCUUGCUUUGAAUGGGAAAAUAAGAGAAGUAGGAGACAAAAUACUUGCCAGCAAUGGGAGGGAAGUUGAUUUUGCAUCUGCUCUACAAUCCUGUGAAGAGGCUGGAGGAACUAUUGCAACUCCCAAGAAUGAGGAGGAGAACAAGGCAAUUUUGGGUAUUGUGAAACAGUAUAACCGAUACGCUUACUUGGGCAUUAAAGAAGGUCAGACUUCAGGUCAAUUUAUGUAUAUAAAUGGCACGCCUCUGAAUUAUACCAAGUGGCACCAAUAUGAACCUAAUGGCAAAGGGAUGGAAAAAUGUGUAGAGAUGUACACUGAUGGGAGCUGGAAUGACAAAAAAUGCAACGUGAAUCGCCUCACAAUCUGUGAAUUUUAA